AAUGGCUGAGCUCCAAUUCCCGGGAGUUUAUGUUGAAGAUGUAGGUCAUUUGGCGUUCGGAACACUUAAAUUGACUGAAAAAUCACUCAACUUCAAAGGCGAUAAGGGUGGAAAAUCAGUUAAUGUCACGGGAUCCGAUAUCGAUAAACUGAAAUGGCAAAAACUUGGCAACAAGCCGGGACUACGAGUCGGUCUCAACGAUGGAGGUGCUCACCGCUUCGGAGGAUUCAAAGAUACUGACCUCGAGAAAAUCCAAUCGUUCACUUCUUCUAAUUGGUCUCAAUCCAUCGAUCAAUCAAAUCUUUUCAUCAAAGGAUGGAACUACGGACAAGCCGAAGUAAAAGGCAAGACUGUUGAAUUUUCAUGGGAAGAUAAGCCAAUUUUCGAAAUCCCGUGCACGAAUGUAUCGAAUGUUAUUGCAAACAAAAAUGAGGCAGUUUUGGAGUUCCACCAAAAUGAUGAUAGCAAAGUUCAGCUCAUGGAGAUGAGAUUCCAUAUGCCAAUUGAUCUUGAAAAUGAGGAGGAUGCUGAUAAAGUUGAAGAAUUCAAGAAAGCUGUUCUGGCAUACGCUGGAUUGGAAGCCGAGACGGAGCAACCGAUAUGUCUUCUCACCGACAUUCUAUGCACAACUCCUCGUGGAAGAUACGACAUCAAAGUUUAUCCAACAAGUAUUGCACUUCAUGGAAAAACGUACGACUACAAGAUUCCUAUCAAGUCGAUCAAUCGUCUAUUCCUGGUACCUCAUAAAGAUGGACGUCAUGUAUAUUUUGUGUUGUCGUUGAAUCCACCAAUCCGUCAGGGACAGACACGAUACAGUUAUCUCAUUUUUGAGUUUGGAAAAGACGAGGAACAAGAUUUGGAGUUGGCACUUACUGAUGAACAACUCGAAUCUAGCAAUGGGAAUCUACGACGUGACAUGACUGGUCCAAUCUAUGAAACAAUCUCAAUUCUCUUCAAAUCAAUUUGCAAUUUAAAAAUCACUGUUCCUGGACGGUUCCUGGGAAGCUCGGGCACCCCUGCCAUUCAAUGUACACAUCGUCAGAACCCUGGAUUAUUGUACCCAAUGGAAAAAGGAUUUUUGUUCAUUCACAAGCCAGCCAUGUACAUUCGCUUUGAGGAGAUUAGCUCAUGUCAUUUUGCACGUUCUGAUAGUGGUACUGUCACCAGGACAUUUGAUUUCGAGAUUGAUUUGAAAUAUGGAGGACCUUUAACUUUCAAUGCGAUGGAAAAGGAGGAGAACAACAAAUUAUUCGAUUAUUUGAAUAAGAAAAAUAUCAAAAUCCGAAAUUCACAACGUGUCGAGAAUACCGUCGCAGACUCCAGUGAUGAUGAAAUUGAUCCAUAUAAAGCAGCAGUUACAGCCGAAGGACGCCAACGAGAUGAUAGUGAUGAUGACAGUACUGAUGAAGAUUAUGAUCUUGAUAAGGAUAUAAAAAAGAAAAAGGAGGAUAAGGAGUCGUCAGAAGGAACUGGAUCAGAGCCAGACGAUGAAUAUGAUUCUGGAUCAGAACAAGAUUCCAGUGGAACUGGAGAGUCUGAGCCGGAUUCUGAGCAAGAUGUUCCGUCGAAGCGAAGAAAGGGUGAACCUAAAGAGAAGAGGGAAAAGAAGGAGAAAAGAGAAAAGAAGGAAGGCAAGAAAGGAAAGAAAGACAAAGAUCCAAACGCUCCGAAACGUGCUACAAGUGCCUACAUGCAAUGGUUCCUUGCUAGUCGAAAUGAACUGAAGGAGGAUGGUGAUUCUGUUGCUGAUGUGGCCAAGAAAGGUGGAGCCAAAUGGAAAACGAUGAGCUCGGAUGAUAAAAAGAAAUGGGAGGAAAAAGCAGAAGAAGAUAAGUCUCGAUACGAGAAAGAAAUGAAGGAAUACAGAAAGAAUGGACCACCAUCUUCCUCGUCAAAACCAUCUUCAUCAAAAACAUCAAAGAAAAGUUCUGGACCAUCUUCAUCCAAGGCCAUUUCGAAAGAGUAUAUCAGUGAUUCAGAUGAUUCGGACGAUGAGGAGCCGAAGAAAAAAGAGAAGAAAGCCGCUCCAAAAGAAGAAUCAGAAGAGAGUAAUAAUGGCUCCGAUGGAUCUGAUGAAUCGGAUGAUUCAGAUUAAAUUAUUAAUUUUGUUUCUUUUAAACUCGUGUACUAUCGUUUAAAUAUUCAUGUAUCUCAAGUUGUCUGAAUAUCUCAUUCUGUUACAUUCAUUAAUUUUUUGAUUGCACUUUUAACUUUAAUACACUUAUCUUUUAUU